AUGGCCCCUACCGUGACAGAUACUUCAGGGCCCAUCCCGCUGGCCCUCCUCGCCCCGCUCCAAGAACACCUCCCACACUCUUUCUCCGUCCUCCGGCGCGGGCAGUUCACACACCGCCCAGGAGGCACAUCCGAACAUGCCCACUUCCUCUUCGCGACCGACGACAAGCUCGCCCGACAGGAUGAGGAGAUCGGAGGGAGCCCAGGGCAGCAGCAGGCAGCCCCAAAGCACUUCGCCGCCGCCUACUUGGACCUCUCCCAGCACCCCAGCACCGAGAUGUUCUUCUACUCGACACUUCAGGACGUCCCCCAAGGUGCAGACGCGACGACAUCGUCAUCAUCAUCCGCCCUAUCACCUGCAGAGGUCGACCUCGUCCUGGACCUCGCCGUCGCCAUCUUCCAGCGCGCGCGCGACAUCGCCUCCGCCACGGCCGCCGACAACCGCCACGUCCUAGGCCGGCCCGGAGGCACGAUGGUCGGGAACCUGCACGAAGCCACCUACCGGCUCCUAGUGGAGCGGCGCGGCUUCACGAGCAGCUACUGGAACCCGCACGACGUGUGGCUGUUCCGGGUGGACGAGCUGCCCGUGCUCCCCGCGGAGCUGCUGGCGCUGGAGACGGCUGACUUUGCGAGGGAUGGGCUGCGGUGGGCUGCGGUGAGGAGGGAGGAUGUCCCUCUGAUUGCGUCGCGGACCAAGAUCCCCAAGGUGGCGGAUCACUUGAUGUGUGAGCCGAAUGUGGGCGUGAGGAACAGGGAGGGUGUGCUCGUUGCUUGGGGGUUCAUGGGGAAUGCUGGGACACUGAGCACUUUGCAUGUCGAGGAGCCGUAUCGUGGCAAGGGUCUCGCAAAGGCUGUGGCCACCAAGGUAUUACGGCAGCAUAAUUUUGGCGACGAUGGUUGGGGUUCUGCUGAUGUUCACAUCGACAAUGUCCAGAGCCAGGGGCUUUGUAAAAGCAUUGGCGGUAAGAAGGGUUUGAGGACUAGUUGGUAA